GCGGCGGGGCCGGGCCGGGGUCACGGCGGAAGGGCCCGAGGCCUGUGCCCCGAGGCGGCGGGAGCGAGGCCUGGGCCGCGGGUGGCCGCCUCGCCGGGGCACGGCUCAGAGCAGGCCCCGAAGGCUCCAAGCGCGGCCCGGCCCUGCGGGCGGGGGCAGCAGAAAUGAUGGAAGAAUUGCAUAGCCUGGACCCACGAAGGCAGGAACUACUGGAGGCCAGGUUCACUGGAGUCGGGGUUGCUAAGGUUGGUGCUUCAAAUUCCCUCCCUACCCCCCCAAGUCUCCGUCCGUCAUGCUCCGCACUGGCAUUGGGUCCAUUAAAUAGUGAAUCUUCCAACCAGAGCUUGUGCAGCGUGGGUUCUCUGAGUGAUAAAGAAUUGGAGACUCCUGAGAAAAAACAGAAUGACCAGCGGAAUAGGAAAAGGAAAGCAGAAGCCUAUGAGACCAGUCAAGGAAAAGGCACCCCUAGGGGACAUAAAAUUAGUGAUUAUUUUGAGUUUGCUGGGGGAAGUGGCCCUGGAACCAGCCCUGGUAGAAGCGUGCCUCCUGUUGCCAGGUCAUCACCGCAGCAUUCCUUAUCCAACCCCUUGCCGCGGCGAGUGGAGCAGCCGCUCUAUGGGGUAGACGGCAGCACAGCAAAGGAACCGCAGGAGGAACACUCUGCUCUGCCAACGCUGAUGUCGGUGAUGCUGGCGAAGCAGCGGCUAGAGAAUGAGCAGCUGGCACAGAGGGGAGGUGGCCUCUGUUUUACUUUUGUCUCGGCCCAGCAAGGCAGCCCAUCUUCUACCGGAUCAGGGAACACUGAGCAUUCCUGCACUUCCCAAAAACAGAUUUCCAUCCAGCACAAACAGUCACAGUCUGACCUCACAAUGGAAAAAAUAUCUGCACUAGAAAACAGUAAGAACUCUGACUUGGAGAAGAAGGAGGGGAGGAUAGAUGACUUAUUAAGAGCCAACUGUGAUUUGAGACGACAGAUAGAUGAACAGCAGAAGAUGCUGGAGAAGUAUAAGGAGCGGUUGAAUAGAUGUGUAACGAUGAGCAAGAAGCUGCUUAUAGAAAAGUCAAAACAGGAGAAGAUGGCCUGCAGAGAUAAGAGCAUGCAGGAUCGAUUGAGGCUAGGUCACUUCACCACAGUGCGGCACGGGGCGUCUUUCACCGAGCAGUGGACAGAUGGCUAUGCCUUCCAGAACCUCAUCAAACAACAGGAAAGGAUAAAUUCCCAGCGGGAAGAAAUAGAAAGACAACGAAAAAUGUUAGCAAAACGGAAGCCACCUGCAAUGGGACAGACCCCUCCAGCCAGCAACGAGCAGAAGCAGCGCAAGAACAAGACCAAUGGAGCAGAAAAUGAAACGUUAACAUUAGCAGAAUACCAUGAACAGGAAGAAAUCUUCAAACUCCGUCUAGGUCACCUUAAAAAGGAAGAAGCAGAGAUCCAGGCAGAGUUGGAACGGCUAGAGAGGGUUAGAAAUCUACAUAUCAGGGAAUUGAAAAGGAUACAUAAUGAAGAUAAUUCACAAUUUAAAGACCAUCCAACGCUAAAUGAUAGAUACUUGUUGCUACAUCUUCUGGGUAGAGGCGGCUUCAGUGAAGUAUAUAAGGCAUUUGAUUUAACAGAACAGAGAUACGUAGCUGUGAAAAUACACCAGUUAAAUAAAAACUGGAGAGAUGAGAAGAAAGAAAAUUAUCACAAACAUGCGUGUAGAGAGUACAGAAUUCACAAAGAACUGGAUCACCCUCGAAUAGUUAAGCUAUAUGACUACUUUUCGCUGGAUACUGACUCGUUUUGUACGGUGUUAGAAUACUGUGAGGGGAAUGAUCUGGACUUCUACCUGAAACAGCACAAGUUAAUGUCAGAGAAAGAGGCACGAUCUAUUAUCAUGCAGAUUGUGAAUGCUUUAAAAUACUUAAAUGAAAUCAAACCUCCCAUCAUACACUAUGACCUUAAACCAGGUAACAUUCUUCUAGUCAAUGGUACCGCAUGUGGAGAGAUAAAAAUCACAGAUUUUGGGCUUUCCAAAAUCAUGGAUGAUGACAGCUACAACUCUGUUGAUGGUAUGGAACUGACAUCGCAGGGAGCCGGUACUUACUGGUAUUUGCCACCAGAAUGUUUUGUGGUUGGGAAAGAACCUCCAAAGAUUUCAAAUAAAGUUGAUGUCUGGUCAGUGGGAGUCAUCUUCUAUCAGUGUCUCUAUGGCAGAAAGCCCUUCGGUCACAACCAGUCACAACAAGACAUUCUGCAGGAGAACACAAUUCUGAAAGCUACUGAGGUGCAGUUCCCUCCAAAGCCAGUAGUCACACCAGAAGCAAAGGCAUUUAUCAGACGCUGUUUGGCCUACCGAAAGGAGGACCGGAUAGAUGUCCAGCAGCUGGCCUGUGACCCGUACUUGCUGCCUCACAUCCGCAAAUCUGUAUCCACAAGCAGCCCAGCUGGAGCUGCAAUUGCAUCAACCUCUGGAUCAUCCAAUAACAGCUCUUCAAACUGAGACAGAGGAAUAGGCCAAAAACAAACUGCUUGAGAAAUGGGCAAAAAAGACUUGGAGAAACAGCUUUGGAAUAAAGGAAUCUGCAAGGGUCUCAAGAUACCUGUACCAGGUGCUUUUUUUCUCUUGCUUUUUUCCAUCCAUAGAGCAUGACAACAUCAACUCUCAUCAAGAAAACCUUCGGCAUCUAGGCCAAGCCAUGUGGAUAGGAGAUGGCUUGAGGUUUAUCCAGUAAAUGACCACAAAAGGGUGGCUGCUCUGAGCAAGGAGGGGAAACUCAAGAACGUACAAACGACAAAGACGUGGUUCCAUGUACUGUGAACUUCUGAACAUGCAGCCUUGGGGAAUCCAGGACGCCGUGUGUGCUUCAUAUGAAGAAUGUGGACUUUGGAAAAAGACUGGGCUAGUCCAGUGUUGAUAUUUAAACAUUGUUCUUUUUCUUUUAAUAAAGUUUAGGUAACAUCUCCUGAAAAGCUCGAAGCACCAAGGUUCAGCUGGGGAUGGUAUAUGACUCUUUGCCCUUUGGAGGGGAAAAAAGUUGAUCCUGCCUGUUCAUGGCACUAGAGUUAGUGUUUUACCCCUAAUUAAUUUCAAUUUUUAAAAAAGAAAACGAAAAAAAUAACAUUUUUUUGGAAGAAAACAGUUUUCUGGUCUCAAAGUGAAACCCGUAUUAGCAGGCUCAUGGCAGUGCCCGCGCUGCAGAUGGUGCAGCUUUCUGCUCCCUUGGGAUGAGGGCAGCGAAGCUCACAGGACAUGAGGCCCUGUGUUGCUCUCCUGGGAUCAGAGUGGAUCAUGGCUCAUCUGCCACAAGGUUUUCAGCUGCUGCUUCACAGCUCUCACAACGGUUGCUCCUUUUUGACUUACUCAAGUGCUGUUCUUUUUGCAAACCCCUGACAUGCCCAGGACGUGCUCCCUGCUCUCGUGAGCAUGAGCCUUGUUGACUGGUGAAAAGGCAGGCAGUGGACAGGAAGGAAUGGGAGCACAGCUCAGUGACCACAGGUAUGAUCCGUGCUCACACAGUACUUUGCAUAGUCUUGUCCAUGUUAUACAAACCCCAAGCUGAAGCUUUAUCUCGGCUCAGUGAGGUGACUUGGCAGCAACGCUUCCUCUCUUCCUUAACGCUUCCCUUUUAAAACUUGCUGACUUUCCUAACUCGCUGCCCAUUUCAAAUGAGAGGGAAUGAGAGAAAGCUCUUGAAGGGAGCAGACACCUUAAGUAUUGCUCUUGGCUCCCUUCUGUAACCUGCCUAGCGGGGUCUUACCCCUUCAGCUGGAGCCUGCCUGCUGUGAACACAAGCCUCUUGUCCCCACUCUGCCCCUUUCACCACCCCCAUCGAAGGAAGACUGAAAACACACACAAAAAGCACCGCACUUGAACAUGUGGCAGCCAGGUUGGAGCGCUCUGAACAUGUGGCAGGAGCUCAGAGCCAGAACCAUUUAAAGAUGCAGUGUUGGAGAGCGGGGUUUGUGGUGGAGGGAGCAGAGCGGUGCACUACUGCAGUUCAGGGUGGUGGUUAAAACCCAAAUCACCCUGCGCACAUAUAACCUAAUACCCUGACCACCGUGGGGUGGACUGUGCUCUACAGCACCUCCAGGGUUGUCCCCACAGCUCCAGCAACAUGUGAGCUGUUUGGGACCCUUGGUGUUCAAGUGGUGGUAUUGUGGCAAGUGAUGCUCUCCAUCAUGCCCUUCCAGAGAGCUGCUGCUUGCCUGCCGUACUGUAAGCCAUUGUCUGCAAAUAUUAUGCUUAAACCUUGAUCAGGAACUUUUAGUUAACUGAAAAGCAGAGGAGUCUGUUGGAAUUAAGCAACGGACCUGGGAAGCGGUGAGAACUCCGCUGCUUUCGUUUUUGUUACUCUUUUUUGUAGUGACUCUUGGGCUUUCAAUUGGAUGCUCUUCACUUGCAGCUGCAUCAAGGUGGUCUCUAAACUGUCGUGUUUUCAACAAAGAAAUACUGCAUCUUUAAAUCCUCAGCUGUAAUUUCUUAGCCCUUUCCAUCCCUGCUGCUGUGUUGCAGAAGUUAACUGUUUAGCAAGCAGCACUUUGACAUGUCUGUGGCAGGCAGAAUCAGGGUUGAUGCUUCACCCCGUUUGCUGGAACUGAUGAUUUGGUGUCUGUCCACAUCAGGGAGGAUUCUACAAGGGUUUUUCUGUCCCAGCCCUGUUGUUCCAGGGACAUGCAGUGUGUGCUGUCCCUGUGCGUGUGAUGAGCUCUGUGUCAGAAGCAUUUCUUCCUGCUGUGCAACACCCACCCAGGGGCCUGGGGACAGCGUUGGCCUCUCCUGGGGCUGGCAGUGGUGAAGAACCCUGGUAGAAUUGUGCCUGUGACACCUGCCUUGUUAAUAUGGGUUUCACUUCCAAUAACAGACCCUGUUGCCACACUGUUCAUUUACUUCAAGGAAAGUGUAUGAAGAAUUUGUAACUUAAACCAGGCCAGACUGUUUUGGCUCUACCCAACAGAUGAGACAUGGAUAUUAAAAUAAGUUUUAAGAAACCCA